GAAACGUCAUCACUGUAAAUAGAAGCGCUAGGAGCGCUCCGUGACUCCGUGAUUCGCUGUGUGCAUCAGUUCAUCAUUAGAAGUCAUUAAAAAUUUAGAAUCGAAGUUGGCUUAGAUCUUAGAUCGUCGAAGCCAUUGUAAAAAAUGUCCAACUCUCCGGUGCUGAAUCCAGAAAUCCCAUAUGUGGGGAAAGUGGAAGGAGGUUUAAGGGCAGGUUCUCUGGUGACGAUACAAGGCCAAGUGCCACCUCAUGCUGUGCGAUUUGCUAUCAACUAUCAGCUGGGACCGACGUUAAAUCCAAGAGACGACAUAGCCAUUCAUGUGUCGCCGCGUUUCCCUGAAGGUUUUAUCACCAGAAAUAGCAUAGAAUCAAUGGCAUGGGGCGCAGAAGAGAACUUUGGUCCAAUGUGGAUUCAUCUGGGUGAAAAAUUUGAAAUCAAGAUCCUGUGUGAUUAUCACUGUUACAAGAUUGCUAUAAAUGGCAGACACUUUGCGGAAUUUGCUCAUCGAUUACCAUUCAUAAAAGUUACUCAUCUGGUUAUUGAUGGUGAUGUUGAGAUACACUCUAUCACUUAUGAGCACAUAUCGGUUGAUCCAUCAAAAGGCUCUGCCACAGCUCCAGAGGAUGUACCUGCUAAUUUUGGGCCACCACCACCUGGAGGAUUGUAUCCAACAAUUCAACAGGGUGGAUAUGGACCGUCUCCUCCUCCAACUGGUUAUGGACCUCCUCCACCAACUGGUUAUGGACCUCCUCCACCAACUGGUUAUGGUCCUCCACCUGAUGCCUAUGGUGGUCCUUAUGGUUACAAUCCAUCUAGAGGUUAUGGUCAGGAGAAGCCGGAAGAAGAAGGUGUCUUUGGAGAUUGUCUAGACAAAGUUGGAUUAGCGAUAGGUGGAUUAGUGGCGGCUGGAGGAGUGGCUGCGGCCAUGCACGCGAUGAAUAAGAAGAAGGAAGAAGGCGAGGAAAAGGAUCACGAGAAAUCAGACGCUUCCAAGUCGAAGACGGAAAGCGAAGGCGGUUUUGGGAAUUUAGCUGGCUCCCUCGGGAUGGCUUUAGCUAGCAGUCUGGCGAGCAACGCCUUGCAAGGCAACACACACGCUCAGCAAGGCUAUCCUGCCCCGCAGCAAUCGGGCGGUGGAAUGUUGGGCUCUAUUCUUGGAGCCUUAGGUAGCGGAGGACAUCAACAACCCGCCUCAAAUCAACCAGCCGGUGAUGGCCUGAGCGGAACGUUAGGAUCUUUGUUUGGUGGUGUUCUCGGUGGUGGCGGAAGUCAUCAGCAACCAGCGUAUCAACCAUCGGGAGGAUACGGCGGCUAUCAACCGUCCGGUGGCUAUCCGGCAUCUGGUGGUCAGAGUUCUGCCGGGUCGGAUCUUCUAUCGGGAAUAGGAUCUGCCUUGUUCAGUUCAGCCAUGGACGGCCUAAGCAAACGUGGAAAAGAUAAACCUCACGAGGAAUAUCGUCCCGGACCACCUCCUCCGAGCUACGAGCCUCCUCCGCCAGCACCUUCGGUGCCAAAACCAGCUCCGCGUCCGGAAACUCCGCCGUCUUCGGGCGGGCGCAAAUUAACAGCAGAUGAAAUUUCGAAGGGACUUGGAUUGGAUGAUUAAACGCGCUUACAGGGCGCGGAAAGGAAUUUUAGCUUUACACGCACAUAGUAUGACGAUCUUAUGCUCUCUUGUUGCUUGAAAACAUAAUCUAUAUGUACUAUCACGUAUCCCAAUCAUUGAAAUAUGUUACGUGAUAUACUUGUUCGUUUCCUGAACCAGGACAUUUUGCAUCAUACUGGCAGCUAUAUAAGAUAUAGAGAUGCGAAUGAGUAUUUCUCGAUUUAUUAUACAAUAGAUAGAAAUAUAUAUAUAUAUAUA